GUGGUCGUCCGGCAGUCGCAGUGAGAUCCUAGUCGGACGAAGGACUCUCGUACCGGUGUUCUCUUAGGGCGGAGUUUUUUUUCCUUUCCUCGUGUAUCGUAUUCAAGUACUACUUACGUGCGUGGGUAAAAGAAAAGGACACUAUAUAUAUGUAUAUAUAUACAUAUAUAAUUACACUUCUUUGAUAAUAGAAAUAUAAAACGCAACAUUGAUGACGAACGAUGAGCGAAAAAGUGAGAGUGAUGAUCUUAACCACGUUCGGCCGGCAACUCGGCUAUUGUGUGAAACAACAACGGCGACAAUACGAUCGUUCGUGAAGCUUAGCAAAGCUUUUUGAAGAGAAGGCAUAAGAGAGAGAGAGAGAGAGAGAGAGAGAGUAAGAGAGAGAUAGAGAUAAAGAUUGUGAGAGAAAGAAAAAGAGAGAGAGAGAGAGAGAGAGAGAGAGAGAGAGUGAGUGAGGGUGGUGUAGGAACGACGCGCGGCAGGAAUCCCCCCCAUAAAGUCAGGCGUGCAUCUUCUUCCUUGAAAGACUAAUCUUUCUUUAGGAAUUUUACUUGAUCUCGACGAAUCUUUUUAGUCUUUCCCUCGACGAGAAACACAAUAUAUACACACAUACACACACAUAAAUAUAUAUACAUAAUUUACGUAAAUAUAUAAAAGUAAAGGGACAUUUUAUGUGGUGUGUUGGUGUUAAAGUAUUCGACGCUCCUACUCUGCUUAUGUAUAUAUAUAUAUAAAUAUAUAUAUAUAUUUUUUUUUUCUCCAACGUUCGACGGUCGAUCGUCUUCUUGUCUCUUUUCUAUCUAUCUAUCUCUCUAUCUCUCUCUGUGGUUGAGAUAUAUAUAUAUAGUAUAUAAUAUAUAUAUAUAUAUACGUACGUACAUAUAUAUUUCUUCUCUCUCGCUCUUCGUCUUUCUCUUCUCGCACACGACGGACUUUCGUCUUUCUGUGUGCGUGCGUACGCGCGCCCUUACGCAUCGGACCUCAACAUCGUUAGCGGAAAAUCGUCGUGGGAGAAAGAAAAGAAGGGACGAAAGGAAAGUAGAGGAGAGGAGGAGAAGAAGUGUACAAGUGGGGGAGGUGUUGUUCACAGUGAAGUAGAAGUAGAAGAGGAACGAACAGGACGAAGAAGAAGAAAAAAAAAGAAGUAGAAGAAGAAGAAAAUAAAUAAAAGGAAAUAAAGAAAAAGAAAGAUGUCGACGGAAAAUCAACAAAACGGUUCAGCUGGUCCGACGCAAAGCAACGGUCUUAAAUCUGCAACCAUCAACGUGACCGGUAAUACCAGGACGAUACCGAACAACUCCUCGUUCCUUUAUAGCAGUAAUUCGAUGUUGAAUCGAGAUAAGCCACGGCAAGUGCCGCCUCCGACUUUACCGAAAUACACAUCGAGUUUCAACGCGGGAUCGAACGGCAGUGGCGCCGCCGAGAGACUGAGCAGAGACAGAGAGGCUGGGGGUAGUUACAGGCUGGCAAGCCUCGAAAGACUCGCCCUCAGACAGAGGAUACUCGAUGGAGAAAAAGCCAACGGUGAUGCCACAUCGAUACAGGCGAAGCGCGAGCUGUUCUUCAAAGGCGACAGCACGGGCAUAAUCUCAUCGCCUUCGGUGCCCUCAGUUCCACCACCUCAACCACCAGGCCAGGCGUCGUCAUCAUCAUCUUCUUUGACGACUACGAGUGGCAAUACAACGACUAGCAUCAGUACGACGACAACUAACAACAGCAGUGGCACAACGAAUCUUGUUAAUUCAACUAGUUCCAACGUCAACAGUAGCAAUAACAAUAAUAACAACAAUAACAACAACAGCAGUACAUCGGUCCAAUCGACAUCUUCCAUAUCCUCCUCAUCCUCGUCUUCUUUGAGCACGACGGCAAGCAUUUACACUGGUGGUGUUAACGCAAGUCAUGCGAGUCAUGCGACGAGCUCUUCUAUACCGCCAACGGCGAAGAUGCGUUUGCCUCUCUCAUCCUCCUCGACCUCCACCUCCACAUCGUCGUCGUCGUCCACGACAACCUCAGGCAACAAUCCCAAUCAUACCUCGGCCUCGGCCCUGAUACUCAAUCAGAACAAUGAUCCUUCCGAGGAUAGCAACAAAAGAGAAUCGGCAAGGAGCAACAACGAUUCUAAGGAUUCAUCAUCUAACGCUAUACAUCAUCGGCCGCUUCAACCGUUAACAAAGUCAAAGGAACUUGACGGUUACGUUGGCUUCGCCAAUUUACCUAACCAGGUCUAUAGGAAGGCCGUUAAGAAGGGAUUUGACUUUACCAUUAUGGUUGUUGGUCGAUCCGGACUAGGAAAAUCAACUUUUAUAAACUCCAUGUUUUUGGCCGACAUAUACAGCGCGGAAUAUCCAGGACCUAGCCUCAGGGUAAAGAAAACAGUAGCUGUGGAAACGACCAAAGUGUUGCUGAAAGAAAAUGGGGUAAAUCUUACAUUGACAGUGGUCGAUACGCCUGGAUUUGGCGAUGCGAUCGACAAUAGUAAUUGUUGGGUUCCAGUUAUAGAAUACAUUGAGUCGAAAUACGAGGAGUUCCUGAAUGCCGAGUCUCGCGUAACGAGACGGCAAAUACCCGACAGUCGAGUACACUGUUGUCUUUAUUUCAUCGCGCCCUCGGGUCACGACCUGACGCCGCUCGAUGUUGAGUUCAUGCAGCGCCUUCACGACAAAGUCAAUAUAAUACCUGUUAUUGCGAAGGCCGAUACGAUGACUCCUGACGAGCGUGCUUAUUUUAAAAAAAAAAUAUUAAAUGAAAUUGCGCAACACAAAAUCAAAAUCUAUGAAUUCCCAGAAGAGGAAUACGAAGAGGAUAGUAAGUUCGAUAAAGUUUUAAGGGAUAGAGUCCCAUUCGCUGUUGUUGGGGCGAAUACUGUAGUCGAACACGAUGGAAAGAAAGUACGUGGAAGAAAUUAUCCAUGGGGUAUUGCUGAAGUUGAGAAUCUAGACCAUUGCGACUUCAUAGCUCUACGAGAUAUGAUCAUUCGAACGCAUCUGCAAGAUUUACAAGAUGUUACAAAUAAUAUACAUUAUGAGAACUUUCGAUGUCGGACUUUGGCCGGUCUUGGUGUAGAUGGAAAACCGACUAAAAUUUCCAAUAAGAAUCCUUUGGCUCAAUUGGAGGAAGAGAAAAGAGAACACGAUAAUAAAAUGAAGAAGAUGGAAAUUGAAAUGGAACAAGUAUUCGAAAUGAAAGUUCGUGAAAAGAAACAGAAACUUAAAGAUUCAGAGGCCGAUUUACAGAGACGGCAUGAACAAAUGCGGCGCUCUUUAGAACAACAAGUUCGCGAAUUAGAAGAGAAAAGACGUGCAUUUGAAGCAGAAAAAUUAGCAUGGGAACAACAGACCGGUCACAGUAUUGAAGAAUUACGUAGGCGCAGUUUAGAAGCCAACUCAAAAGAGACGGGAUCGGUGUCGUCCGAGGGAUCUGGAGGUGGAGGGGGUACGUUGAGGGGUUCCCGAGGGAUAGGAAGUCUUCUUCGCCGUCAUACCAGUUUCAAAUCACCUCAAGAGAGCCCCACACAGAUACAGCUUGUCAUACAGCAUCCUGAUUAAACAAAAAAAAAAAAAAAAAAGACAAGAAAUAACACAAAAAAAAAUAUAUCGAUUAGUCAGAUAUCCAUCCCUAAUGAUGCGAAUGAACUAAGUUAAAUUAAAUCAAACUAUGAAUAUCUUUUAUGUCAUUCAUUUUAAUUUUACAUACCUGACACGUAUCAUUUAACACAUUCAUUAUGACAAAGUUGAAUAUACAUAUAUUUAACUGAGAAACACAAUUAUAUCAAACACAAUUUAAGAGUCAGAUGUAUGUGCCAGAUUAUAUCUUAUAUCAUUUUAUUUUAUUUUUUUUUUUUUUUGCACCAUUUCAUAUGUAAACAUAAAAUUAAAUAUCACAAACUCUUCUUUCGUUUGAAAUAAUAGUUAGAAUUGCCUUAAAAUGAAUAUUGUUAUAAAAAUUUUAUUAACUCAACUACUAUUCAAUUAACAUAACUUACUGAGAAACAGACUGAUAAAUAACUAAACGUUAUUUAGUGCUCAUUUUAGUUUUAGUUGCAAGAGAGGACAUAGCUGCAUAAUCUCAUUGUACUGCGUUAAAUGUUACAUGGUUGCUAUAUAUCAUGCAUACAUAUAAAAAUGUUAUUCUCACAUUACAAAAGAAGUUAUCGUCGUGUUCGAAAAGGAUUAUUAUACGAAGAAAAUUUCAUUGAUAACACUUAAAUUAAUUUAAUUGUAUGAAUUAUCAUAUUUAGAUGUAAGAAUAUAACUGUGUAUUUUUGGCACAAUAUUUGAUAUCCAAGAAAUGUAUAAGAGAGCUUUGUACUUCCAGUUUCUACUUAAUAUCCAUUUUCUACUUAAAAACAAGAAAAAAAAAAAAAAAAAAAAAAAAAAGAAAUAGAUAUUUUUUGUUCGUAGAUAAUUAAUUUUUCAUAUAAUUCAUAAAAUAACAAAGAGUUGUAAACUCUGAGCAAGCUGUCCUUUCGUGCAUCAGAAAGUAUUUUUUCAUUGGAUAGUACUUCAAAAUUUUUUUUAAAUGCUUAUUAUAUUGUAAAGCAAUUUUUUAUUGUCUGAGAGACAGCUUGGCAGAGGUGAAUACACACUACAAAUAAUUAAUCAAAAAAUGAUAAAAUACAUUGUUAAUUUCAUCGUUAAAACUUGUUUCGCAAAUAAAAAGUAAUGCUUUCUUAA